CAAGUACCAACUGUUCUUAGCGCGAAGAAAAUAAAAAUAGAAAAAAAAUGGAAAAAGAAAAUGAAAAAGAUAAACACCAAUUAACUAAAUCACGAAAAUAAACAUUAAAACGGCACCGGAUAGAGGCAUCACUACCACCAAAAGACGCUUCAAUACCUCAAUUUCCGUUUUCAGGCAUCACUCACAAACAAUUUUCUUUCAAAUUUAUCGAUUCUUUGUCUCUUCUCUGUAACACUACCACAGAGCAAUUUCACACGUUCUGAGUCGACUCACCGAGUCACCUAUUCCGGGAAUCACAGCAGAAGAAACGCAACGAACGCAUGGCGGCGACACCGUCGUCGAACCGUUCCCCCGACGACUUCACCGUCGAUCAAACGCCGCUAAUCGCGAACUCUAACGGCGGCGGUGGUGGAGGCGAAUCGAACUCCGGCCGCAGAUUCGUUCGGCGGCAGAGCCUCCGCCAGGCUGCGCGGUUUCUCCGGCAGGGGAGCGGGCGUAGGUCGAUGCGGGAGCCGUCGAUGGUGGUGAGGGAGACGGCGGCGGCGCAGCUGGAGGAGCGGCAGAGCGAUUGGGCGUACUCGAAGCCGGUGGUGGUGCUCGACGUCCUCUGGAACUUCGCGUUCGUGGUGGCAGGCGUCGCUGUGCUAGUCCUGAGCCGGAACGAGUCGCCAAACGCGCCGCUGAGGUUGUGGAUCUUAGGGUACGCGGCGCAGUGCAUUGUCCACGUGGCGUGCGUGUGCGUUGAGUAUCGGAGGAGGAGGAGGAGGACGGAGCAGCAGCAGCAGAGCACGAGCGACGUCGUUCAAGGUGUUGAUGGAGUUGGCGUCGGGGGAAGUGGAGAUUUAAGCUCCGGUUCCAUGGAAGGUUCUGGACACUAUUUGACAUUGGCUCAAUUCGAUGAGGACGGCACAAGCAUGGCAAAGCAUUUGGAAUCAGCCAACACAAUGUUUUCCUUUAUUUGGUGGGUUGUUGGGUUCUAUUGGGUAUCAGCUAGUGGUCAAGACUUAACCCAAGAGGCUCCUCUGCUUUAUUGGUUAUGUAUAGUCUUCCUGGGUUUCGAUGUUUUCUUUGUCGUUUUCUGCAUUGCACUGGCAUGCAUCAUUGGUAUUGCUGUUUGCUGUUGUCUUCCGUGCAUCAUUGCACUUCUAUAUGCAGUUGCAGACCAGGCAAGGGCAUCCAAAGAAGAUAUUGAGCAGUUGUCGAAAUUCAAAUUCCAAAGGAAUGAAAACAAUGAGAAACUCCUAUUGAACAUGUUCUUUCUGACGAGGAUGCGGAAUGUUGCAUCUGCCUUUCUGCUUAUGAGGAUGGUGUUGAUCUAAGACAACUUCCCUGUGGUCACCAUUUUCACUGUGCUUGUGUGGACAAAUGGCUAUACAUUAAUGCUACCUGCCCCCUCUGCAAGUAUAAUAUCCUAAAAAGUAGCAGAAGUGCUCAAGAGGAAGUGUAGAACAUGUCGGAGAAGUUUCUAGAAGCUAUUUGGAGAAUUUGCAUAGGCCUUUGGUUUGCAGUAUAAUAGGCACGGUAUGCUAAUAUACAUACACAGUUGCUGCUACUGCUGCUGCUUCUGUGUGCUUGUGCAUCUUCUAGUGAUAGUUAUUUAAAAUAUUCUUCCUUAUAGUAGCUUCUAACUGCUUGUGUAUAUCAGCUUUGUUCAUUGUACGCCUGGCAAUAAAUUACAUGGAGGCAAUUUGGUUCUCAUUUUUUCUUUCGACAUCAUUAUUAUUGUCAAGUCUGUAAGCGGCCAUGGAUGGUGGCAUUAUGUUCAUCAUCAUCAUCCAACCUGCCUCCAUGUGUGUCUCUGUUAGCGAGUUUCUUAAAUUGAAAUGAAGGCGUAGUUUGUUA